AUGGGGGGAGGGUUCGUUCGCUUGGAGGGGGAGGGGGGAGGCUGGUUCUGUAGAGAGAGGGGGAGUUCGAGAGGUUGGGGGGGGGGCGGUGCCACUUGCACCAGUGAGGCGUGUUCGGAAGGCGCCCUCUCUAGUCCUCAAAGGGGGGCCCUGCUCCGGGAGUACUCCGUGGGCCCGACGAUCGGCGAGGGCUCCUUCGGUGUGGUCGCCAGCUGCCGCAGGCGGGCGACGAGGGAGGAAUUCGCAGUGAAGUUGGUCGACAAGGUGGAGACCCCCGUGGAGAGCAUCGUCCAGGAGAUCGAUGUGCUCCGGAGCGUCGACCACCCGAACGUCGUCAGCCUUAUCGGUGUGUUCCACGAGAAGUGCUUCGUCUGCAUCGUGAUGGUCAAGUACGCUGGAGGCGACCUCGUGAGGGGUAUCCAGAGGCACUUCGAGGAGAAAGGCCGGGUCUGCUGCUACGAGUCCCGGCACCUGAUGCGCCAGAUGGGCGACGGGGUGUGCCACCUGCACAGCAAAGGCAUCGUGCACCGCGACGUCAAGGCUGAGAACUUCCUCCUGGAUCGCCUGGACAUGGUGGACCCGGGCUGCCGCGUGGCUCUCUCGGACUUCGGCACCGCCCGCUGGGCCUCCGCGACGGAGAGGCGCCGCUCCGGCGGGCCGCCCUCGUCCUAG